AUGGCCGAGCAAGAUCCGCGCACCCCGAUCCUCCUCCUCAAGACCCGCUCCACCCCGCACGACGGCUACGACGACUUCUUCACGAGCCAAAACUACAACCCCGCCUUCAUCCCCGUCCUGGAGCACCACUUCCACAGGCCCAACCUCCAACGCGUCCACGACCUGCUCGUGUCCGGGGGGUUCAGCGCGGGCCACCCCGCCCAACAAUACGGCGGCAUCAUCUUCACCAGUCAGCGCGCGGUGGAGGGAUUCGCCCAGGUCCUCGAGGGAAUCGAUGACCCAAAGGAACUAACCCCCCUCACCCUCCCCCUCUACACCGUCGGCCCCGCAACGCACCGCUCCCUCUCGACCCUGACAACCACCUACCUGCCCCACGCCACGCUGCACGGCCAGGACACCGGCACCGGCGAGGUCCUCGCGCAGUUCAUCCUCUCGCAUUACCCCGCCUACCCUUACAGCACCAGCACCAGCACCAGCACCAGCACAGCAGACCCCCACCACCACCACCACCACCAAACACCGCACGCACGGAAACCCCUCCUCUUCCUCGUCGGCGAAACGCGCCGCGACAUCAUCCCCAAGACGCUGAUGGACGCGGCGCUGCGGCCCGACGCCCGGAUCCCCGUGGACGAGCUGGUGGUCUACGAGACCGGGGUGAUGGCGGGGUUUGAGGACGCGUUUGGGGAGCGGGUGCGCGCCCUCCAGACACAACACGAGCCGGUCUGGACGGUGGUGUUUUCGCCGACGGGGUGCGAGGCGAUGGUGCGGGUGUUGGAGAACGUGGAUGCGGCUUCGUCGUCAUCAUCGUCGUCGUUGUCGGUUCUUGGGGGUGGGUUGGGCGCCCGGGGAGAGCCACCGGAAGAAAGGCCCGAGGCCAACAACCGGAGAUUCUUUGUGGCGACUAUUGGUCCCACGACGAGGGAUUAUCUGAGGAAUCGGGUCGGGUUCGAACCGGAUGUCUGUGCGGAGAAGCCUAGUCCUGAGGGGGUCGGGAGGGGGAUCCAGAGGUUUAUGGAGGAGUAUAGGGCAAGGAAUACUGAGUAA